AUGUCGAACAACAUGAAGGCCUACUUGGCCUCGAAAUACAUGUCGGGGCCCAAGGCGGACAUGAUUCUCGAACACGCGGGCGUAAAGAAGAAGAGAAAGCGUCCAAAGAACGAGGACUACACCGCCACGGUUGCCGAAGGAGACGGCUUGGUGCUGCAGCACGCGGACGACUGGAGGAAGUCGAAGCGGAAGGAUAUGGACCUCGAUGCAGAUGACGCUCCAGUGGUCGGCAAGGGGGCUACGACGUUCAAGAAGGCUACGUCGGCGUGGUCGACUGUCGGCUCGACUGCGCUACCUGUCUCCUCCCGCGCCUCCCGCGUUAAGGAGGAGCCGCGCGAGAAUGAAGCAGGGCCAUCGACUGCGGCGGAUGCUGUCGAUCCCAAGCCACAGCUCACAAAGCGUCGAGGCGGUCUGCGCACCGCUGCUGAGGAGGCUGAGGAGUCGGCGGCGGCGGCGGCGGCUGCCGACCUGUCGCCGUCGCCAGAACCCGACGCACAAGCGACGACGGUACACCGUGACCAGGCUGGUCGUGUGCUUGAUGUUGAGCAGCUCCGCGCCGAGGCGAGGCAAGCUGAACUCGAGGAGCAAUUGAAGGAGAAGGAGCGCGAGGAAUGGACAAAGGGCGUGAGACAGCGCGAAGAGCGUGAACGGCAAGCCAGGGAGGAGCGGUCUAUGGCUUCGAUGGAUGUUGCUCGACGCGCAGACGACGCAGCCAUGAACGCCGAACUGAGGCAGAUCGAGCGAGAGGACGACCCUGCAGCGCAAUUUCUUACGUCCAAGAAGCGUAAGAAAGGACGGAAACGUCAUGCGUACAAGGGCUCGUAUCCGGAGAACCGCUUCGGCAUUGCGCCAGGGUACCGGUGGGAUGGCGUUGACCGGUCAACGGGCUUCGAGAAGAAGUGGUUGCUGGCUCAGAAUGCGCGCGAUCGCCGAAAGUACGAGAGCGACAGGUAUGACAUGGAGGAUUUGUAG